GAGGAGAGAUUAAAGCACCUGAAAGUGUCUCCUCCUUACUCAUUUGCAGCCACAGCUUCCCCACCAGCACAGCCUCAGAGGCUUCCGGAGUAGACUUGGAGGAGGAGACCAGACGUCCAUUCUCGUGAGGUCUACCUAUAAGUCACCAUGUAUGAGGACUGCGUGAAGUCCACAGAAGACUAUUACCUCUUCUGUGACAAUGAGGGGCCAUGGGCCAUUGUUCUGGAGUCCUUGGCAGUGGUUGGCAUAGUGGUUACAAUAUUGCUACUCCUGGCAUUUCUGUUCCUCAUGAGGAAGGUGCAGGAUUGCAGCCAAUGGAACGUGCUUCCCACCCAGUUCCUCUUCCUGCUUGCUGUGCUGGGGCUCUUCGGACUUGCUUUUGCCUUCAUCAUCCAACUCAACCAGCAAACUGCCCCUGUUCGCUACUUCCUCUUUGGGGUUCUCUUUGCUAUCUGCUUCUCCUGCCUCCUGGCUCACGCCUCCAACUUGGUGAAGCUGGUCCGGGGUAGAGUCUCCUUCUGCUGGACAACAAUUCUGUUCAUUGCCAUUGGUGUCAGCCUGUUGCAGACCAUCAUUGCGAUAGAGUAUGUGACCCUCAUCAUGACCAGAGGCUUGAUGUUCGAGCACAUGACACCAUAUCAGCUCAAUGUGGACUUUGUCUGUCUCCUGAUCUAUGUCCUCUUCCUGAUGGCCCUCACAUUCUUCGUUUCCAAGGCCACUUUCUGUGGCCCAUGUGAGAACUGGAAACAGCAUGGAAGACUCAUAUUCGCCACUGUCCUCAUCUCCAUCAUUAUCUGGGUGGUGUGGAUCUCCAUGCUCUUGAGAGGCAACCCUCAGCUCCAGCGGCAGCCCCACUGGGAUGAUGCGGUCAUCUGCAUUGGCCUAGUCACCAACGCUUGGGUCUUCCUGCUGGUCUACAUCAUCCCUGAGCUGAGCAUCCUCUACAGAUCCUGUAGACAGGAGUGUCCUCCACAAGCGAACGUCUGCCAGGUCCCCAUCUACCAACGCGGCUUCAGGAUGGAGAACCAGGAACCCACCAGAGCCCGAGACAGUGAUGGAGCUCAGGAGGAUGUAGCACUAACUGCACAUGGUACUCCCAUUCAGCUGCAGACUGUUGAUCCCAGCCAAGAGUAUCUCAUCCCAUGAGCUACACAAGCCCACAGCAAGAUGCAGGAUUAUAAAGCUACCUGAAACAGCAUAGAGACAGCCUGGAAGAGUGUCCUGCUCUACACAGCCCUGAAGGCCCCAGGAGAGCACUGGACACACUGUCAGUGAAGUAUACGUCCUGUCCCUUCCUGUCUGUUUCCUUGCCCUUUUCACUGUUCUGGACCCAGCCUCUGAAGACUGUCAUGUCCUGCACAAUUACAUUCUUGCUGCCACCCUAC